UUCGGGGACCUCUUACAGUUUCUUGUGGGCUUUGUUCGGCUUUAACUGGGUCUCUCGUUUUUUCGGGGUUUCCCUUUUUUUGGUCCUCGUUCUCUCGAUCGUCUCUUCUCUUCUCCGACCCAACUGUCAAAAUCUCCUCGGAAUCGGUCGCUUUUUCGUUCUCUCUCCGGGAUUCAACAAGGCCUUUGUUUUCAGUUUCGAAGGUAUGCAAUUGCCCGAUUGUGCAAUCCGAUGUGAUUCUGAUAGGGAUCGAGUCUUUUGAUCAUGAAUUACAUUCUUGGAGCCUUCAAGCCCGCAAGUCACAUUUCCAUCACUUUUUCUGAUGGGAAAACCCGAAAACAGGUGCCCUUGAAGAAAGAAAACGGGCAAACCGUUAUAGUGCCACUUUUCCAGAGUCAAGAAACUAUUGCCGGGAUGGUUUGCAUUGAACCAGCUCAAGGGAAGAAGGUUGAACACAAUGGUGUAAAAGUUGAGCUUCUCGGUCAAAUAGAAAUGUACUUUGACAGAGGAAACUUUUAUGACUUCACUUCCUUGGUACGUGAACUUGAUGUGCCUGGAGAAAUAUAUGAACGAAAAACGUAUCCUUUUGAGUUUUCGACUGUCGAGAUGCCUUACGAGACAUACAACGGUGUGAAUGUGCGACUAAGGUAUGUCCUGAAAGUAACAGUCACACGUGGUUAUGCUGGAAGCAUAGUGGAAUACCAGGAUUUUGUGGUCAGGAACUAUUCUCCACCUCCUGCAAUCAAUAACAGCAUCAAGAUGGAAGUCGGAAUCGAAGAUUGCUUGCACAUCGAGUUCGAGUACAAUAAAAGCAAGUAUCACCUGAAGGACGUUAUUCUUGGGAAAAUAUAUUUCCUCCUUGUGAGAAUCAAGAUAAAGAAUAUGGAUCUUGAGAUAAGGCGGCGUGAAUCAACAGGGGCAGGAGCUAAUACUCAUGUCGAGACAGAGACUCUGGCUAAAUUCGAGUUGAUGGAUGGUGCGCCUGUUAGAGGGGAGUCGAUACCGAUCAGACUGUUCUUGAGUCCGUACGAUUUGACACCUACCCAUCGGAACAUUAACAACAAAUUCAGCGUCAAGUAUUAUCUGAAUCUGGUUCUGGUUGACGAAGAGGAUCGUCGAUACUUCAAGCAGCAAGAAAUCACGUUGUACAGGCUGCAGGAAUCAUCCUGAUGUUAAAAAACCCGAGCAACAAAAAAGAUUCACGGUAUCUUUCCAACACCUUGUAAAGGCCUUUUAAGACUUGUGAACUCGAAUUUUACGAAUUUCUUCGAAAGAUCUGCUGCCAGAAAUCUCACUUGGUUGGAGUGAAGUUCUCCAGUUUGUAGUUUAUCAUCUGACCCGGUUGCUCUGCUUUUUUUUCCCCCGACAUUCAUGGUUUUGCAACUCGACUUCUUUGUGUUCUGUAUGUUCUUUUGUUCAAAUGUACUUGUUGCCAGUGGUGUAGCAGUUGCAGGUACUAA